AUGUACGGCUCUGAUCUUCAAUGGGUUGUAAACUUCCUUCCGCAGCGCCUUCUCACCAUCAUUCCUUCCAGCAUCUGGAAAGCCUAUGUCGUCAUCGUCAACCAAGGCGACACCUGGCUCAAGGUGCCAGAAGAUGAGCUAGGUAUUGCUGGUUGGAUCCUAUAUGGGUAUCAGCUCUACUGCCACUUCCUUCGCCCUACACCUACCGCUCCAUACCGGCACAAUGAACGUAACACCCCUGCCCUCAUAGACGGUUGGAAAGUGGCGCGCUUAAACUCGUUCAAGACCAAGACCACUGAUCUGAGCGGUGACUGGGUCUUCGCGCACCCCAAGAUCCUACAGGCUAUGGCAUCAGCCUUUGCAACAGCUCCAGGCAAGGACUUCUUCGUCAAAACAUCCUUAAAACAGAUUGCAAAGUCUCACUGCUGGCCAGCUUCUGCCUACCUUGAACUAGCUGCGUACCAGCUGAGAGGUUUUGUAGAUGCACCCUGGCGUAGUUGGAACUCAUAUCUCGACACGGACAAUAGCGAGGCUGUGAUUUCUCUCAAGACCCUCACGGUCAACAGCUUUCUAGCCAUGGAAGUUGCUGAGUGGCCGUUCUUCUGGAUGGAUCAUACUCUACCCCUGGAGGAACGGAUCGAGGCCACCAACAAGAUUAUUGCUUCCCUGCAUUCACUUGACUCCGAUGCUCCGGAUGAGAUACGGUGGCUUUUCGAGGCGUCCCAGAAUUCCUUCAAAGUGAUGGAACUGUAUGAUAACAAGGACAAGAACAAGGACCAGGACACUCCGAUACUGUGGAUGGAGUUCUUCAAAAACAUCUCACUUCGCGAUGGCUUCCUUCAUAUUGCUCAAGUUGUCUAUCUGCUCAUCUGGAUUCUUAUGGGGCCAAAGUACUGCGCGACUAUGACAACUUCCUCUGGUGUGAAGAAGACUCCUGGUCAACUGCGUUGGUCCAAAUGCCCAGAUGCUAUCAUUCUUCGGUACCUUGAGUUUGCACGGCGCACCAAGACUGCUCAGCAAGAACAUCAGCAUGCCUAUACGGACUACACAACACCUGAUACGCAUACAGUCGACUUGAUCUAUGCAGAGGCGUGCAAAGAACACUUGGAGAAGCUGUAUCAGUCUGCGGCCUUUCUGCUCAAGAAUGGUACCAAAAUGGCAGCACAACUCAGAGAGGAUCUAGGCGAUUGGCUAUCUGAGGAUCCGGCUAACUAUCCGACCAGCAAUCUCUACGGCAAUCUCCACCUCAUAAUGACUCUGCACCACCUGCACAACCUUCAGUGUUACGUGAAGCUUCACGAUCUUCAACACCUCAAUCUCAGUCUCAGUGCCAGCAACUCCACCACAGUCUACUGUAGCUGGUCCUCAGAAGCGCCCACAGAGUCCUACCUCUACGUCUUCACCAUCUCGACCUCAGAUCUCACCUCCUCGCAAGCGUACGCGGAAAUACAUCCUGUAGACAUCAGAGCGUGGCAGCAAGGCCUGCAACAGAAUCAGAUGCUUGAUGAUCAGGUAGCUGAGUCUAGUGGUGCAGUCAAUGAUGAACACAUCAAUGUGGAGAUAGAAGACAUGGGAAUAGAGCUGACAUCUGAUGAAGUGGCAAAAUCCAAUGAUGUGGCUGAGGAGCAACCUCAACAGUCGACCAUCCAGCUUCCUUCAUACUCCGCUCAUGAAACCCGUUGGUAUGCGCUUUCAUACGAGGAGCGACAGAAUGUGAUCGACACCACCAUCAACACGCACUUCUCACCUGAGGUUGCUACUGAACUGCAAUCAGCAUACUACGAUAUUGUGCAACUUGCAGUCAAAGUCAAAAACCAAUAUGGUGAAGGACCUGACGGAGCCUUACAAGUUGUUUCAUCUAUGCAAUCCCUGGUAGGAGCAGGUCUAGAUGAACUUGGUGGUAGUCAAAGCAACGGUGACAAUGAGGAAGAAGAUGGGGCAGUUGCUAUGUAG